ACAGACACUUGGAUGUCAUCAGAGUUGACAGAAGAUUCAUUUAAAACAAUUAUACCGGAGAUUACUGUUCAGAAUGUUACCCAAAGAGUUGCUACAGUAAUUGAGGCUCCAUUUGUGAUGAAGAUAAAGCAAAACAGAAAUGGAAUGCCCCCUGUUGGACCUAACUUGGAUUUGGAAGGCUAUUGUAUUGAUCUUAUUGAAGCCUUGGCUCGCAGUGAACAGUUUGAGUACCAGGUCUAUGUAUCAAAGGACUAUGGUGAUAAGAAUGAAACAGAUGGAACAUGGAAUGGCAUUAUAGGCCAGCUUAUAAAUAAGGAACGAGACAUUGCAGUAGCGCCCCUGACUAUCACCGAAGACAGAGAAAGAGUGGUUGAUUUUUCCAAACCCUUCAUGAACACCGGCAUCUCUAUUAUGAUUAAAAAGCCGGAUAAGACGAAACCUGGUGUAUUUUCCUUCAUGGAUCCACUAGACAGUAGUGUCUGGUAUUGUAUUGCAAUCGGAUUCUUAGCUGUCAGCUUUGUUCUAUAUUUUGUCGGGCGCUUCAGCCCCUAUGAAUGGAAUGUUGUUGAGGAUUCUAAAGAAAGAAGAGCAACGACCAUAUUCUCUAUUUCCAACACACUCUGGUUUUCUCUAGGUGCUCUUAUGCAGCAAGGAUCUGAUAUAUCCCCAAGAUCCUUCUCAGGCCGUGUCAUCGGAUCUGCCUGGUGGUUUUUUACUCUAAUUAUAAUAUCUUCUUACACUGCUAAUCUUGCUGCUUUUCUCACCAUUGAGAAGCUGGUGGUCACGAUUGAAUCGGCAGAUGAUCUUGUUGGAAACCCGACCAUUAAAUACGGUACCAAAAAAACAGGGACAUCAUGGAAGUUUUUUGAGAAAUCCACAAUUGAAACAUUUGUGAGGAUGAAGAAAGAGAUGCUAGAAAACGCUGACGAAGUUCUGUUUACGGAUUAUCACCAGGGUGUUAAAAAGGUCAGGGAGUCGAAAGGUACAUACGCCUUUUUGCUUGAGUCAGCAAUGAAUAUUUACUAUGGACAGCAAGAACCUUGCGACACGAUGAUGGUUGGAGAUACUUUAGACACUAAAGGUUAUGGUGUCGCCACUUAUCUCAACUACCCUCUGAGGCACAAUAUCAAUAUUGCAGUCUUGACGAUGAAGGAGAAAGGUGAACUAAUCAAACUAAAACAGAAGUGGUGGUUUGAUAAAGGACAGUGUGGAGACCAAAGCGCUAGCAAGGAGACCACUGGGACCCAGAGUGCUUUAACUUUAAGCAAUGUUUCCGGAAUUUUCCAUAUAUUGAUUGGGGGAUUGGUUCUUUCGAUGAUUACGUCAUCUCUCGAGUACUUCAUACACAGAAAAUGCAGUGUCUGGAAAAGAAACAUUUCACAAAAACGUUACGACUUGCCAGUUCCACCGCCACCCCCACCAUCUCGAAGUGCUUGUUCCAGUUCUAAGAGUAAAUUCCCUGAUACUGGUCUAGCAUGGGAAAAUGGUUUUACGUCUGAUUUAGGGCCGUCUAAUGAACAAGAGAACCUCAUGCCUGGCGACUCUGAAGAAAACAAAAGGGAGAUGUCAUGA